CUGAAAACCACCUACCAACCAACCUUCCCACAAUCCCCCUCUCUCUCUCUCUAGAAUCCUAGUGCUGGCAAGCCAUUGCAUUCAGUUGAAGUCCCAAUUGCAAGAAAUUCAUAAUUCCAGCACCUAGAAAACCCUAAAUCGCAAUCAACUCAAUCAAAAUCACGCGCACAUAUCAACAACUGCACUUUAUCUUUUUAUUGUGCAUUUAUUCUAUACAGAAUUCUCCGUCACGUUUGUGCGGUGCCUUGUUCGCUAUUCUGUCCCUUACGCACCAACCAAUCGCAUUUUUCGGCUUUGCUCUAACUUAUUUAGGGAAAAGGGCUGUUUGCAAGGUUUUUCUGAAUUCUUCGUUUCCGAUUUCAGAAACCUGCAGGUUUCCCCUUUUUUUGAUUCUAGUUACUGCUGCAAUCACUUGCACACCAAUGUCAAGUUUGGAGGAGCCUCUUGGUCUUGACAAGCUCCCAGCUUUGAGCAACAUUGACCAAGUUUAUAGGUUCUCAUCCGGUGCAUGCAGACCUGUCCCAGAAGAUAUGGGAAUGGGAAACUGCUGGAUUGAAGGGAGGAGUUGCAGCUCAUCUAAUAGCUGCAAUGAAGAUUUUGGAGAGUACGAACAAGAGCAUGUUACAUGGAGAAGACAUAAAAGAAACUUGUUUCAGAGGACUUCAAGUCUAGGUAGAGGUUCGGUGGUCUGUAGAAACAUGAGUGAAAAUGACACCGGGGAAUCAAAAUACAAGUUUUUCAAGUGUGUGCCGAAACAUGUGAAGAUAGUCGAAGUUGGCCCCAGGGACGGGCUACAAAAUGAGAAAACAGUUGUCCCAACAUCUGUCAAAAUCAAAUUGAUCCGCAAAUUGGUUGCGUCUGGAUUGGCUGUUGUUGAGGCUACAAGUUUUGUUUCACCCAAGUGGGUACCUCAGCUGGCAGAUGCAAAGGAUGUGAUGGAAGCAAUUCAGAAUUUGGAAGGAGUUAGAUUGCCUGUUCUGACUCCCAAUAUUAAGGGCUUUGAAGCUGCUGUUGCAGCAGGUGCAAAAGAAGUCGCUGUAUUUGCAUCAGCUUCUGAGUCAUUCUCAAAAUCAAAUAUUAAUUGCAGUAUUGAAGAGAGCUUGCUUCGCUAUCGUGCUGUAACUUCUGCUGCCAAAAAACUUUCGAUUCCUGUGCGCGGGUAUGUGUCUUGUGUUGUUGGCUGCCCAGUAGAAGGAAAUAUAUCACCAUCAAAAGUUGCAUAUGUAGCGAAGGAACUUCAUAAUAUGGGCUGUUUUGAGAUAUCUCUUGGAGAUACAGUUGGAGUUGCUACACCAGGUACUGUACUUCCUAUGCUGGAGGCUGUGAUGGCUGUUGUGCCUGUCGAGAAGCUUGCUGUCCAUUUCCAUGACACAUAUGGACAGUCUCUACCUAAUAUUCUGUUAUCCCUCCAAAUGGGAAUCAGCACAGUGGAUUCAUCUGUUUCGGGUCUGGGAGGAUGCCCCUAUGCCAAGGGAGCUUCGGGAAAUGUUGCGACUGAGGAUGUGGUGUACAUGCUUAAUGGUCUUGGUGUGAAGACCAAUGUUGACAUGGGGAAGCUCUUGUCAGCAGGCGAGUAUAUCAGCCUGUUUUUAGGGCGUCCAUUGGGCUCCAAGACAGCGAUUGCAAUCAGCCGCAGAGAUUCGAGAGAGUGCUGCUGAUCAUUCAUAUAUUUAGUAGGGUAUACAAUGUAUACUACCAUCAUUUAUAAGACGAGGGAAGGAAUCCAAUUGUUGAGACACUUCUCAUAGUAGUAUUCAAGGUUUUGAAAAGUGAUGAAUGGACAUGUAAUCUCAUAAAUGCACUGUUAUCAUUAAUAUUAUCUAGAGGCUCAAAAUUACUCUGGUUUGGUGGAAUGUUAUGCAAUUUUGUGUCACUUUACUGCGAAA